CCUUCAAUAUAAAUAAACUUUUAUGCAAGCCAGACAAGAGUGACUCGACAGACGAACUGACGUAUAUAGAACCUACAACAAUUUGUCGAUUCGAUACUGUCAUUAUCGUUCAACACUUAUUAUUUCUUUAAUUCGAUGUUACAGAGCAAAAUAUCGAUUCAUUCCCAUUUAUAAUUGAACAUUCGUUCACACGAGGAAAAAUAUUUGAGGCUAAUGUAAGUUUUUAACGUGCGGUAUCGCUCGUUAAACGGAACUCGUGUCGCGCAUCGCGAUUGUAGCCUCCCCACCAUCUCGACAUCUCCUCUGUCACGUAUUAUUUUUCCGCGCUCGCACGAGUGUACGUAAACAAACAAAUUAAUGUACGGCGCCUCUCGUCUCGUUUGCUGCGAUGCAUCAAAGUUUUAAUUUCGCAUGAUAUUUUCGCAGACUUGUACAAAAUAUGAGCAGAUGCUGCCGAGGUUUAUGGACUUUUGAUAAUAUUUUUUUUCUCCGUUCGUGACUCUUCGCAAACAAAUUGAUAUGCGCUGUCGUGAAUGUAUCGCCGCGUUCGUUUCGCUGCGCCAAUGUUAAUUCUACGAAUUCUCAACAAUGGGUUCGCAGAAAUUAACAAAGUUCUAAGAAACACGGUGAAAUUUCACGAAUUCCGAUAACCGUUUGGCAUAAUCAUUGAAGUGUGACUGGGCAUGGAUAAACAUCGAUUUGCACAUUAAUUUUUGAAUUCUCAAACAUCAUCGAAUAUUCGUCGAACAAUUGUAAAAGUGUGUGAAACGCUCCAUCUAACGAGGAAAUCGGUACAAAAUGAUGAUGCAAAGUAGCUCGGUGUUGGAAAUGAGUUAUAGGUGACGAAUGUUUUCUGACAGAAAAAAGAUUCAUCGAAAAAAUUUCGGUUCGUCAUUUCGGUGAACAGCGCGGUGCGAACGAUUCGUGAGGCGCUUCACAAAUAAAACGUGUUUAUUAUUCCUCGCUGCCUUCGAUUUCGCCUCAUUGUUUACGUGCAAUGGAGUGGUACAGAAAAUUUCGUCAGAGAAGAUCGGUGCGGCGACCUGACAACGAUCUCGAGACCGCUGAGGAGAGGAAGGCGCGAUGGAAAAGCAUAUAUGUCAUUUAUUUUACCAUGUUUCUCAUGUCCCUUGGAUUUAGCAUUAUUUUGACGGGCGUAUGGCCAUAUUUGGAUAAGCUAGAUCCUACAGCGGGAAAAGAAUUUAUGGGUUACGUAGUAGCGGCAAAUCCACUUGGCCAAAUGUUGUUUUCACCGCUGGUGGGGUGGUGGGGCAACAAAAUAGGAUCAGUCAGAUUACCCCUCGUGAUUACCUUGGCAUUGUUCACCUGCUCUUCUGCAGUUUACAGUACUUUGGAGAUUAUACCGGGUGACAAAAAGGCGUAUAUGAUCGCUGCAAGAUUCUUCGUUGGCGUCAGUUCUGCAAACAUUGCAGUCGCAAGAUCGUAUCUUUCAGCAGCGACAACGUUGUCGGAAAGAACCGGGGCUGUUUCCAUGGUGUCCUUGGCUCAGGUACUCGGCUUCGUGGUGGGACCGGCAUUACAAGCGAUCGUAACACCGCUCGGAGACGAAGGCUUUUUCGUAAUGGGUUUGCCUUUCAAUAUGUACACGAUGGCAGGCUGGAUAAAUGUCAUAAUGGGAAUUUGUAAUUUCAUCAUGUUUUUACCAUGGAAUUUUAAAGAAUGUAAAAUUGCAGCGCGUGAGGCGAUGCGAGAUCAGGGCAAAACUUCCGAGGAAGACACGUGGAAAACUGUGAAACCUGAUUAUUUGGCGGCAUGGACAAUGAUAUGCGCAUUCUUUUUCCUCGUUUUCAACUUCGUUCUGUUAGAGACACUGGGCACUUCGCUGACGAUGGAUCAGUUCGCGUGGUCUAAAACGGAAACUCUUUAUUACAUGGGUCUGUUGAUGAGCGUUGGUGGUGUCGUGGCGUGUGUAACCUUCGUCAUGAUUGGGCCGCUCUGCAAAAGAUUUGACGAACGAAAAGUUAUGCUUUGGGGCGGUUUCUUUUGUAUGAUUAUCGGUCGAAUAAUGUGCAUUCCUUGGGGCCCCGACCCACCGAUUAUCGCCGAAAUCGAUCUGACGAAAAAUAUGACAAGGGGAAUAAACGGAACGGAGAUCGUCGGUUGCCCGAGUACUCAAGAGUGGUGUCGAACAACCCCGCAAAUGACGGUGACGCAAUUUUUGAUAGGCUACGGAUUUACAUCGGUGGGAUAUCCGGUCGGUGUGACGUUGGUCCAAACGAUAUUCAGUAAAGUUUUGGGGCCCCGUCCUCAAGGUCUCUGGAUGGGAAUAAUGACGGGAGCUGGUUGUGGCUCGCGAGUGCUAGGCCCGGUGUUCGUGGGUUUGAUUUACACGCGUUGGGGGACCUAUCACACCUUCGGAAUCACCGGCGCGACUCUCAUAAUCGCGAUGAUUUGGCUUCAAGUAGUGUACAAAAGGUUGAUCCCACAAGCUGUAACAUCAAGGCUAAAUCAAGAGGACGAAAAUGCCCCGAAACUCGACGUUGAAAUGCCUCUCGUGUUCGCUGGUUCCGUUCACGAUGGUUCGCAAAAAGAAAUUGAGAUGCAAAACGUCAACGGCAGCACGAUCAGAGACAAAGACUGAUUUUUCUCAUUAUUUUCGUCUGUAAAUAAUACAAACUUGAAUACACAAACUAAGGAAAUCGUAUUUUUUUGAAAAAGCGUGGAAAACGGAUUAUAAAAAGAAACGAAUAACUGAAGGACCAAUAUUCCUCGGCUGGAAUUGAUCCUUGUACAUAUUUGUAUAAAAACCAAAUGAAUGAGCUUGCGACGAGGAUGCGUGCGCAGCAUGUAAUUCGGGUGAUCCCCGAAGCCAAGUGAUUGCUGUCAGGAAGCCAGUUUUUCUGAGCUCACGAUGCAAAUCGAUUGUUGACACAAUAAAAAAUGUAGCCGCCCAUAUUGGUCGGGUUUUUUUACAAUUUCUCUGGGACCCAAAGUGCAAAUGCGAUAUUGCGGUGCCUCAGGAAAGAGCGGCUGUGGAAGACACCUCCACGAGUCUUUCAAGAGUAUUGAAAUAAGAAAAUUGGAGCAUUGAGACGCUGAAUCGAUAGGAAAAUUCACACGAAUAAACAAAACACUUUUAAUGUUUGAGUAACAGGACGUACGAUUUUUUGAAUGGACAAUAAAUACUUUGUAAAAUA